GCGAGGGCUUCAGAGCCGCGGCGGCGGCGGGGCUGACGGGGGGCCGGGAGGCUGCGCGGCGACGGGAUGGGCUCGCCGGAGCCCCGAGCCCCGCUGGCCGCCCAGGACGACGACGACGCCGCGGCCGAGGCGGAGCAGGAGGGAGGCGGCGAGCUGGACUCGCGGAGCUCGGCCGGGGACGCGGGAGGCGGAGGCGAGCGGCGCGUCGACAAGUUCGGCUUCCUGAUGGCCGACGGGCAGGACGCCGGGGAGGCUCCGGAGGCGCCGCUGGUGGAGGAACUGCCGUUGGACGUGCUGAGGCAGAGGGAGUCGAAAUGGCUGGACAUGCUGAACAACUGGGACAAGUGGAUGGCGAAAAAGCACAAGAAGAUCCGCCUGAGGUGUCAGAAAGGAAUUCCACCUUCUCUACGUGGCCGGGCGUGGCAGUACCUGUCAGGGGGCAAAGUCAAGCUGGAUCAGAACACCGGCAGGUUUGAUGAGCUGGACAUGGCUGUAGGGGAGCCCAAAUGGCUGGACGUGAUUGAGCGAGAUCUCCACCGCCAGUUUCCGUUCCACGAAAUGUUUGCUGCUCGAGGAGGCCACGGGCAACAAGAUUUAUUCCGGGUCCUGAAAGCUUAUACUCUGUAUCGGCCGGAGGAAGGAUAUUGCCAGGCCCAGGCUCCGAUUGCCGCCGUGCUCUUGAUGCACAUGCCAGCCGAGCAAGCUUUCUGGUGUCUUGUGCAAAUAUGUGAGAAAUACCUUCCUGGCUACUACAGCGAGAAGCUGGAGGCCAUCCAGUUGGAUGGCGAGAUACUCUUCUCUCUGCUCCAGAGGGUCUCCCCGCUGGCUUACAAGCAUCUCAGCAAGCAGAAGAUCGACCCCAUCUUGUACAUGACGGAGUGGUUCAUGUGUGCCUUCUCCAGGACCCUGCCCUGGAGUUCCGUGCUGAGGGUCUGGGAUAUGUUCUUCUGCGAAGGCGUCAAGAUCAUUUUCAGAGUGGGCCUCGUCCUCCUGAAAUAUACCCUGGGUUCCUCGGAGAAGCUGAGAUCCUGCCAAGGGCAGUACGAGACGAUGGAGCGGCUGAGGGCCCUGAACCCUAAAAUCAUGCAAGAGACAUUCCUUGUGCAAGAGGUCAUAGAGUUGCCAGUGACGGAGCGCCACAUCGAGCGUGAGCACCUGAUCCAGCUGAAGAAGUGGAAGGAGACCCACGGAGAGCUGCAAUGCAAGUCCCCUCCCCGUUUCCACGGCGCCAAGGCGAUCAGGGACUCUGAGCCGUACCCCCACAGAGCCUUGGAGCCCUCGCCUUCCAUCAUCCUGCCCCCCGGUGCCGCCCUCUCCCCCAAGGGCCGCAAGAGCAAGUCGCGGAAGGGCGUCCCCAAAGGGGCGGUAACCACGGGCAACCAAGCCAACGGCCCUAUCCCGGAAGAAAACGGAUCUUUGCUGGAGCCGGACUCUUCCCUUCUCCAUCAGUCCAAGGAGAGCCUUAGUUCUCGGGAAAGCGAGGACACCUACCUGUAGGGGUGGGGAUUGCACUUUCCAGAUCUCUCUCUCUCUCUCUUUCUCUCUCACAAACACAUACACACACACACACUCCUCUCCCAGGCCAAACAGACCAGACUGUACCAGUGAAAUACCCUCGAUAGGAAAAUUUGCAGCUGGGUUUGUAAGGAGGAGAGAGCGAUUUGUCGGCGGGCAGGUGGGUAAGUAUUAGGCCUUCCGAUGGCCGAAGGAAGGAAUUCCGUAUGUCUUUGGCACCCCCUGGUUGGAAAGGGCUAGUGCCUCUCCCGCCCCCUGCUCAGGUGGGUGGGUGGGUGGGGGAGACGUUCUGGAGGCUGGGAGGCACUGAGGUGUCCCCCGCCUCUUGAUUUGGGGGGAAGAAGUUAGAUUGGCCGGAAUCACACAGGUAUCGAAACAUAGGAAAGGGAUGUGGCUACCCAUCGACCACUAAAUUGAGGUUGGCUCAGCCUCAAUGUUUUCUGAUAGGAAUAAAAUGGAGGUCGUCCCCGUGAACUCUGACCCUGCCCUCCUCACCCUCGGUGGGCCGAAGUGCAAAAACUCCUUGAAGUUUGUCCCAGGAGGGGCUGCGUCCCAUCUUCCAUGCAUGCAAUUGCCUUCGCCCUCGAGUCUUUACAGCCCUCUCCCCCUCAAGAGACACAAGAGCAAGUCGCGGAAGGGCGCCCCCAAAGGACCGGUAAUCAUGGGCAACCAAGGCAAUGGCCCUAUCCCUGAAGAAAAUCACCAUUUGCUGCAGCCCGACUCUUCCCUUCUCCAUCAGUCCAAGGAGAGCCUUAGUUCCCGGGAGAACGAGGACACCUACCUGUAGGCAUGGGGAUUGCACUUUCCAGAUCACACACACACCCUCUCCCAGGCCACACAGACGUGACUGUACCAGUGGGAGACCCUUGAUCGGAGAAGCUGCUAGGCUUCUCUCCCCAAUGCUACUACCUCUCUCUCUCUCUGUUUCUCUCUCGACCCCUCUCUGGCGAUCUCCAUAAGCCUACAACCGGCUCUUGUCGCAACCAAACCAAGUGGGGGGAGCUGUAGUCCCUCUGGAACUUCCCAACGAAAGGGACGCUCCCCUUGGCGCCCCGAUUAGGGGGGGAGCUCUUAAGUUGAGCGGACAUUGUUCGGCGGGGACCCUAACUCCCUGCGUUCUGUCUCGUUGCGCAGGAAGAAUUUGACUUGGCUGUCCUGUUCUUCCUCCCACCUGCGCGGCCUGCCGUCGGCCAUUCCCGCUAGCAGAGACGGCGUAUCCCAAGACGCGAAUGCUUCUCCUCGCGGACUGCUAAAAAGUCAGCGCGCUAAAAGGGAAUCCUUUCCCGCUUAGCCUUGCUGUCUUGUCUUGUGACCAAAUUCCCACAUAUGCUGUACGGACCAGAAAUGCUGAAUUUCCCCCCCCGGGGUUCCGGACCAGAAGGAAACGCUGGCCGAUGAAAAUCCGAUUUUGGCAAGCGGUUUCGGAUGCUAGUCUUCUCGUCGCUGUGAUUUUUCCUCUUUUAAACAAACACUCCGUUUUCCAGUGUUGAUUAUUAUUAUUAUUAUUUUGUCCCACCCACCUCUCUUCAGCCAAGACGGCGACAAACUGAGUUGACUCUCGUUUUGUUGUGCGCAACAUCCUCCCCCCGGAGUUAAAACCGAGUUGCUUGGAGCGACCUAACCUCUGACUCCAUCUCUCCAUGAUAUUAAGGAAUCCCUAAAAAUGACAGCUUCAGAUAGUGGGGAAAAAUACUAAUGUCUGGAGUUUUUUUUUUAAGCUUCUUGCUAUCUGGCUUUCCGUUUUCGGUAUUCCCCCAGGCAACAACAAAAAAAGAAUUCAAUUUUUGCAGGAAGCAAAGUCAGGUUGAUGGGAGCUUCGGUGGUUUAUUAAGGAGAUGCAGGAAGACGUUUCUUCCCUUGCCCCCCAACUGCCCCCUCCCCUUUUGUGUGGCAUAAACUUGGUUUGCUAGGAGAGGCACCAAGGAACACUUUUAAAACAAACAAACAAACAAGUUUCUUGGCAGAAACAAACAUUUGUUUGCACGGAACAGAUAUGCUACUUUCUUGUUUCCUUCUCCUGCACCAGAUUAUGGCUGAUGGGUGGAAUUUGUGUAUGUGGAUUAUUAUUAUUAUUUUUUAAAAAUCAGUUGCUGAAACUGUUUUGUACAAGAGGCGAAAUAAACCAGAAUUAUGUCAA